AUGUCUCACCACACCGACGUGGCGACUAUCUUGUCGCCAAUGGCAGACUCUUCCGUCAAGCAUUUCAACAAAUUCAAGGAACAAGUUCACUCUCAGCGCAAAGACACAGGCAGGGAGCUUACCAGGUUUCUCGAAACGAUAUGGCUCUUCACCGAGUCUGAUAUCAAAACAAUCCUGGCUCCUUCGGUUCUGUUCGCCCUCACAAACGGCAUUGCGUUAUCGUUGAUGUUGCCAGAGUCAGCUGGCAUACCGUCACCAAGCGAGAUCCUGGCCAGGAUUCCUAUCAUAACAAUAUAUGUUUGGAUCAACCUGAUGGUUCUCUGCAUACAAAACCAAAAGAGCCCCGACGCUGUUGAGGAGGACCGGAUCAACAAGCCUACACGGCCCCUCCCGUCAGGCAAGGUCUCUCCCGACGAGGCCGGCACUCUCCUGGUGGCAUUCAUCAUCAUUGCGGUUCUUGGCAGCUACUGCCUCGGCGCACCGGUCGAGAGCAUACUAGUCAUCGUCUUGGGAUAUCUCUACAACGACCUCGAAGGCGCAGAGCAUCCCUUCUUCAAGAACGUGCUCAACUCCCUGGGCAUCCCCUGCUUCCCCAUUGGCGCUCUGCAGGUGGCCAUCAACCCGGCGCCGCACACCGCCGCGGCGCUGGCCGGCUCGGGCCCUUCGGUACCCCUGCUGCUCUGGCGUUGGAUCCUGGUGCUCGUGGCGGCCAUCUUUUGCACGAUCCACAUCCAAGACAUCAAAGACCAGGAGGGCGACGCCUUUCGCAACCGCAAGACGGUGCCUCUGGUCUUCGGCGACUCGGCCGGCCGCUGGCUCGUCGUGCUGCCCCUGAUGGCCUGGUCCGUGGCCCUGCCGCUCCUCUGGGGCUUCACGUCCCCGACCGCGGCCUCGCUUCUGGGCCACGCGCCGCUGCUGCUCCUGGCGCUCGCCGUCUCGGCGCGCACGUUCCUCUACAAGUCGGUCGCGGCCGACAAGAAGACGUUCAAGAUCUACUGCCUCUGGCUGGUCGCCAUGUACUGUCUGCCGUUGAGCAGGGCCCUGCUGGGAGGCGAGGGGCUGAUGCUUGUCACCGCCUAG